UGUCAAAAUUGACAAAUCGAAUUUUGCGUUGCGUUUUGGAUGGUUUUUGUGUUGUGGUUUCAGAUCGUGUCGUUUUAUGUACUGUAUAUUGGAUAUAAAUCCAUAAAAAUAUAAAAAUGAGUUCUGGGUUCAUAACAGAAACCGAAAUAUUAGAAGCUAGACGUCGCCGGCAAGAGGAAUGGGAGAAAGUUCGCACUGAAGACCAGCCCAAAGAGGCCCCAGAGGAGUCAUAUGAUACCAGGCCGCUGUACCAGCGCCUUGAGGAACAGCGUAUGAAGAAGGAAGCCGAAUAUGAAGAGGCACAUAAGCUGAAGAACAUGAUCAGAGGCCUAGAUGACGAUGAGGUUGGCUUCCUGGACCUUGUAGAGAGGACCAAGGCUAAAGCAGCGCAACAGAUAUCCAUUGAGGAGCAGAAAGAAAUGCAGGAAUUCAGAGAGAGAGUAUCUCAUCUCGCGGAGAGCGAGGAGAUGUCGCGGCUGCGCGCGCAGCUGGCGGCGCCGCGGCCGCCGCCCGCCGCGCCCGCCGCCGCGCACAGGAACAAGCUGCAAGGGGUGAUUGUAAGGAAGAGGAAAGCCAGUAACCUUGAUGGGGACAAGCAAGAUGAAGCUGCCGUUCCCGCCAAAAGCAACGGAAACAUCAGCAACAACCAAAAUGGCAAAUCACAAACAAAGACAGCGGGCACAAUAAAGUGUGUGGGGAUCCUUCCCGGACUAGGCCAUUACGGCUCUGACAGUUCGAGCGACACGGACAACUCUAGUGACAGCGAUAGCGAUGAGAAUGACAAAUGUUGUAAAAGGGAUUUAUUAGGCCGGAGACCGGAGGAGAAGCGAAAGGAAGAAGAGAAGAGUUAGAUUAAAACUAACUGAAAUUAGCAUAAAUUAUAUCAUUCAAGUUAUAUAUGUGUAUAAAUUCUGAUAACGUCUUUUUUUAAACAUGAAAAGCUUUCCUUUCUAUAAAGAUGGGGAAAAAAAUGAUUGUAAAGUAUAUUUUUGCCAUUGCAAUACCAAAUAGAAUGGUUAUGAUUGGUUGAUAAACAGUGUUGCUAGCCAAGAGUAAAGAUAUAUGUAUAAUGUAUUGACCCGAGUUUUAUAAUUAACUAGUGCCUGAACAAAAACAUAUUACAUUUUAUCUACUAAUUGAGAUGUAUAUUCAAUAUUAAAAUGAAAAUUUAAUACUUGUGGACAGUGUACUGUUAUAGCAGUGUUACAAAUAAAAUUUUGGAUAGCAUUCUCUGUGCAGUGAUUUUUAAACGUGGACCCACAGAUUCCAUUGCAGUCACGCAUCGAAAUAAAUUAUCUUCGCCAAUAUUUGGCAUUGAACAUGUAGAAAAAAUCAUAUUUUUCUAAAAAUGGGCUGCUUAAAUGACUUCAUUUGUGGCUGUUCAAUUUAAAUACCUAAUAUAACGUCUUUAGAAAGUUUUAGUGAUAUAAUAACAAUAAAACUUACAUUAUAAUGUAACCUAUAUUGUUCGUUACGGAACUAAUAGGUAGUUAAAAUAAAAUACUUGGAGCUAAGAAUUAGAUAAUUAUAUUUUUCUUUGUUCUUACAAAUUGGUAUAAUGAAAAACAGAAAUCGAAUCGAAUGACAGGAAAAAAACAAUAGAAAUAAACUAGAUUUGUAGUGCGCGCGCACGAAUCAAAUUUAAAUUGUCGUGUUCGAUAGCCAUUGGCUGCCGCGCGAGGGGUCGCGGGCGGGACGGGCCUAGUGUUGUGGUGUACUGGCGUAGACAUAUAUCGUAUAGUUUUUACAGCUCAAUAUAGCACAUUUUGAAAAUGAAAAGGUAAAAUUCAAUUCUCACUCAAUCUUAUUUUCAAAUGCAUUCAAUAUAACACAAUUUUGCUUUCAAUGUAUGUAUGUACAUCUAUGUUCGGGUGAAAUCUUACAACUCAAUUUUGAAGCAGAUAUCUUCAACCGAUUGAGCAGAAAUUUUGUGCACACGUUUAGUUUGGCGGACAAUGCAUUAUUAUGAUAAGCACGGGCCGAUGGUGCACCCAGGAACGGCUCCCGACAAGGGAACUCCUCAACGGUUUACUGCGCGGACAUGAUUGUUUUUGUCUCGCAUAGAUUGCAUUCAAAUUCUUUCGAUAGUAAUCAAAAUCAAAUACAAAGAAUAAAGAUUUUCGACUAGUAAUUUUUUUCUCUGACAACAAUAGAAGUUUGUGUCAAAAAUAAACGCCCGCCUGCAUGAGAUGACAACCGUGUUAGUAUUAAUAUUAUAACAUUUAUAUUAUUCUCAACCGUGACGUUAGCAAAAUAGCAAAAUCAUCGUUUUGUCGAUGGAGCCACACACGACACGAGAAUAGAAGAAGACAUUUUUGUAAAAACUCUCACGCAAAGCACGUUCGCUUCGCAUAAUGCCGGCGCCACAAUAUCGUCGUACAGUUCGCCAAACUUUGUCGGGUUCGGUAUACAUUGCUGGUUUUUCAUUGCGGUAAAUAAAAGCACUUAUACUAACUGCGCAACGUUCACGCAUUCGCGUCGGCUCGUGUCUGAGUGUGGUGACAUUGUGGAGCUGGCAUAAGAGAUGUCUUAUGCCAGCUCCACAAUGUCACCAAACUAUAUAGAAAAUAGAUGUAUUUUCUAUAUAUCCAACGUCUAUCGGUUUCCACCGAUAGACGUUUUACAUGUAUCACAGGGGGAUAGGCACGCAGACAUGCUUACUUUACGAGCUGCACUUGAUCGAUUACGUUUAUUGGGUCUUAAGGUUAAAUUAAAAAAUGUUCCUUUUUAACCAAGUGUCAUAUACUUAGGCCUUAUUAUAGAUACAAAUGGGUAUUGCUUUAGUUUUUCAAAUUCAAAAUUCUUUAUUCAAUUUAGGAUGAUAUACAUCACUUAUUGACGUCAAAAAAUUACUUAAACUAAGUCUACUGCCGGCUUCCAAAGCGCAGGUGAAGAAGAAACGGCGCAACAAACUUCACCGCGGCCUUUUCUCAAAGGACGUCAAUUAACAAAUGUAGGUCAUAAUUCACAUUUUCGAUUUUCAAAGAAUAAACAACUGGUAUACACAAUGUUUGCAAUGAAUUUGGUUAGGUUUAUGUUAAGUUGAUUGUACCAUGAAUGAAUAAUUAAAAAUAAUAAUAUCACAAUUCUCAUAUACAAUAUUAACUUCUAUAUGUAUAUUACUUAUGUAAUAAACCGGUUUAAUAAAUGAAUAAGUGUUAA